AUAGCACAUCUAUUCAAUUUGACAAGUCUGUCACAGUAUAUCUACACCUGUACGGAUCACUACCCUUCUUUACUUUUUGUAAAUCCAAAAAAAAAAAACCAAAACUAAAAUCCUUAUCAUUCACGUCAGGAUGCUUUUAACUCUAUUACGCGUUUACACUAACACCUUGGAUGUUUCUACCCUUAUCGAUCAACGAUCAGAGGACGCCUGGAAUCAUGCAAGGAUAUAAACCAGGGUGUGCCUCUUGGAAGUAUUCAUUAACAGCCGCACCCUUCUUUCUAUCAGACUCCAACCCUACAACAUCCCUAUUGUCGAUUCAGUCCUGAGUCUCCAACAUCUGCCAGCGGUACCAGCUGAUAGAAUUCACCAGGUGAACUCGCUUGUGAAAAUAUCAAAAGCUCCUGUAUAUUCAAGUAGAACUAGUGAAGAACCUGGAAAUACUUUGUAAAGGGAUAUGAAAUGCUGGAACUAAUGAACAGCACCAACUCUACUCAACCUAAGUUUAUGAUAACAACGUCGACCUCACAACCAUGUUCUCCAGACGAGAUACCAAUUGGAUCUGGUGAUUGCGUCGGUCAAGGUUUCGAGCACUGGCUCGAGAAGCAGACUGUCUUUGGAUUUCGUCUCUGGCAACUUCUUGGGAUUAUAUUUUCCAUCCUGCUUACAGUCACCAUUGCUCUUUGCUGUUGUAUCAGGUUCAGGAUACCCAGAACUAAGCAAGAAAUAGAGGCUGAUUAUAUCAGGAAGAAGAUUACUAGGAACUUUCGUCAAGAACUUACCAAGAUCAACGACGAGGAGAUGGACGAGAUGGAUCUGAGAAGAGCCCUGGACAGAGUGCGCACCGUCUUCGACGCUGAGAGCGAACUGAGGAAACAGCAGAAGGAGAUCAUGUACGACGAACCUCGCAGUGGAUUUCGUGCGAGAUUCAAUACCAUGUUCAAUGGAAUGGGAGUAAGAUUUGCCAAGGGUGAAUCGUCGGAGUUCAAUCGUGUUAUCUGAACCAUCAGAGUUCAUCGAUGUUAUCUGAUCUUAUUGGAUAAGAGGAUAGAAUUGUUAUAUAUAAAUUCAGGAACAUUGUCUCUCCAGUAAUUUUUUUUAAACACUUUUACGAGGAGUUGAGGAUUCUUUCUUUUUCUUUUUGUUUUCUUAAUUUCGUUAGACAAGACUGCUCGGAAUCUUGAGACUAAAUAUAAUCUUUAUUUUUUAUUUUUAUUUUUUUUUCGUAGAUACAAUACAUAAAUUAAUUUAGUUCGCAUGCAAUUGUAAUCUACGGCAACGAAUAAUACAUCUUUCUCACGACGAACCAGUGACUUCUUGAAGAUUUGGAACGUCGUGUUUAUCUAUAUUGUACAUUUAGAUUUUCAUCUUUAUAUGGGUCAGGCUUUUUUUGCCUGCCUUCAGGAAAAUGAUGUGGCAUUUUCCUAGUUUGUAAUUAUAUCUUAGGAUCAUUCGAUUACGCGUGAUCGAUAGCCGAUGACGAGAUGAAUGCGUGAAUAAAGUGGAAAAAAAAAGGUAUAGGCAAAGGAUAAA